AUGGAAGCUUCCCACUCGCAGCAGCAAUUUAAUGCUACUUCAUACGAUAUCACUGUUAUGGUCGUCAUCACACUUCAGGCUUUUGCUGGCAUGUGGAUCAAUGCUUUCAUUGUGGCUGUGUCUUGCCUUACCUGGGUUAAAAAGAAAAGCUUUAACUCCAGUGAGAAGAUCUUGCUGUUUCUGGGAUGUUCCAGGUUUUGGUUUUUGUGUGUGACAUGGGCAUAUACCAUUACUUCAACGCUUUUUCACUGGCAAUUUUAUAUCCGCAGGGUACCCCGAAUAUUUGCACCUCUUCUCUGUAUUUCAAAUUCUUCCAACUUGUGGUUUUCGACAUGCCUGUAUGUUUUUUAUUGUAUAAAAAUCGCAAAUUUCAGAUAUAUCUUCUUCAUCUACCUGAAAGUAAAAAUUGACAGGAUUGUGCCAUGGCUGCUCUUGGGUUCAGUGGUUUUGUCCCUGGUCAUGUGUAGCCCUGUUUUUGACAUUACCAAUCAAGUGAGCUGUUGCAACCUCAAUUUCACCUCCCUAGAAUACUCCAGAAAACUGAAUGAGAAAAUAAACAAACAAUACUCCUCUAUUUUUUACAUUUGCGGCUUUGGCUUUUCCAUAGCAUUCAUGAUAGUCAUCUUCUCUGCCCUUCUCCUCCUCUUUUCUCUCUGGAGACACAAGUGCAAGAUGCAGACAAGCUCAGCAAAGGACCUCAGCAUGGAUGCCCACAUCAAAGCCAUGAAAUCUCUGCUGUCCUUCUUCAUCAUCUACGGCAUCAACUUCACAUGUUUGAUCUUGACAAUGAUUUAUCCCAGUCGGGAGAAAAAUCCUAUGACGUUUCUCCUUUUAGUACUCCAGUAUGCUUUUCCCUCUGUUCAUUCCCUUAUCCUGAUUUUCAGCAGCCCCAAACUGGAAAAGAUAGUGCUGAGGAUUCUGCCCUGUGUGAAGCGCAAGCUUUGCAUGUGCUAG